GAUGGAGCAGAAAGCAGGAUUUUUGAAAGCGCUGCGAGCUUUCCUAUCGAGUGCGGAAGUGAUGGUCCAUGUGGAGGAGCUGUUUUUCAGAUUGGACCAAUACUCGCUUCGCGAUAUAUUUGAAAGUUCACGAUCUUGGCAUUUUCCGAGGCUUAGAAGAAUUAGCUAUCACGCUUCGGUGUGGGUUAAAAACAAUGACUACAUCACCAUAAAAGCUCCGAGGUUCAGACAGCUGGAGAUUGUAGACCCGAAAUUGACAGUCAGUCCACUGGUGAGAAUAUAUAGCCGUCAGAUCAAAGAGCUUGAUAUGAAGUUUCUGGAUCAGGAAAUAUUGUUCAAAGCAAUUGAUAACGGUACAUUCAUCAAUCUGCACAGCCUAACGCUUAACACUGCAGCAGGAAAUCAUCUCCCGAAAGUGUUCCAAACGUACGAUUUCAGCGCCAACCACAAAACAAUAUUUGCUCAGUUGAAGUUUCUGAAAAUAUGCGACAAUGAUAGCCUAUUUUUCGCCAUUUACGAGGAUAUUUUCCAACAUGUUUUAAGCUUGGAAACGUUGAUCAUCAUUGGCAAGGACAUGAGUGCGGGUUCGUUCAACGCGAUAAGUAACAUCACAAAGCUGAAGAAACUAUGCUUAAUGGUUAACAUACUCGGAUACUACGAAGUGAAUAAAUUACAUCUUCCGAAACUCGAGAAGCUGACAACGUACAUUGGUUCAUUCGCACCGCUGGGAAGUGUUCCGAUGUUGAGAUGGUUAUGUAUCAAGAAUCACAGCUUGAUAAGACCGAAAAUAAUACCCGCCAAGGGGGAUGCCAUGCAAACAUCGCUAGACUUAAUUAGCCAGCAGCUGGAGGUGCUGCGUCUCAGCCGAGUGGAUGUGGACCCUACACUUCUCGAUUUGAUACGUGAUUUGAAAAAGCUGAAGGCAUUGGAAAUGAGACUUGUGGAGGUGCACGAGGCCGAUGUAAUGAAGAUUCUCCGCAAGCUGCCAGCGUUGCAGGUUUUUUCCAUGAGUUGGUGUAAUCUGGUGAAGUAUCCCGAGCAUCAGUACGACUGGCACUGCAAGCGAACUGUGAACCUGGAGGACGAAGAGAAAAAAGACUUCUUCGAGACGCUGAAACUCGAGCUCCCGGACAUAUCUAUUAAAGAAAUUGAAACCAACUGUACCUAUAAUGGUAGCCGACAGAUGUCCGAAGUGAUUGAUAAUGGGUUUAGCAGUGUUGAUCUACGUGAUUGAUCUCAUUGGAAGUUUGAAACUCAUCCACAAUG